ACAGAUGUUGUAGGUGGGGCUCCUUUCUGCGACCUCUCUGAUUCACGCCCAACCCUGGCCCUAGUUGUAGUUUUGCUGAGUGCCUCACCGUCUGAAGACUUUUGACCAUGGGAGACAAGAAGAUCGUGGGCAUAUUGCCCAACCAGUACGUCCACGUUCUGGAUCUGAACACGAACAUAACGGUGCUGGAGGUGGGACCGCAGAACCUCAUCAUGCAGGACAACCACAAACUGGUGGCCGGGCCCCUCCCCUUUGUUACCAUCCCUCCAGGCCACUAUGCUGUGGUUGUCAACCCCAUUGACAUGACCAAGUGUAAAGGUGGAGGGAAAGUUGUACGAGCUCUCAUUUGGCCACCAAGAAGUACGUCUUCAUGGGGAGCCAUUCCCUCUGUACCCCGGGGAAGAGCUCGAGGGAGCUCCUCCAAAAGACUUCUCGCGAGCGGUUAAGGCUCUACCGCACGUAAAGGCAGACCACGGCCUUCAUCUGAGAGCCCUGGCCACCAUUGACAAAGAUGAAUCUGGGGCGAAGAGGACCGAGAGAGAAGAGUGGCAGCUCCGUGGGCCUCUCACCUACAUCCCCUGCCCGGGAGUCGUGGAGGUGGUUCGUGCGAUGUCUCCCCAUAUCAUCAGUCCCGGGCACGCUCUGCGACUGAGGGCCACUCAGGUCCUCCAGACAUCCAGUGGGGAGACGAGAGCCACUGGGGAAGAGUGGCUGGUCAGAGAUGUGGGUGCCUACCUGCCUGGGGUUUUUGAAGAGGUGGUAAGCAUGGUGAAGGCAGUCACGCUCACCCCAAAGCUGGCUCUCCAUAUCCGUGCCAUUGAUUCCUACACUGACCAGUUUGGUAGGAAAAGGCAUGUAGGGGAUGAAUGGCUGGUAACUGACGAGGACACUGAAUGCUACAUCCCUGACGUCACUGAGGAGGUGGUGAAGGUGGUGCGGUUGACGGUGCUCAAACCCAGGCAGUACUGUGUGGUGGUUGAUGCAGUCGGGAAAGAUGGACGCCCGCAGCUCGGUCACAGGGAGCUCCGCUGCGGACCACUCACCUUCUUCCUCCAACCAGGAGAGCGUCUGGAGUCGGGGAUCAAGAACGCGCUGCUCCUGCAAUCAGAUGAGGCGAUUGUCGUCACUGCACAGGAAGAGUUAGACGACAUACUGCCAAACGGUAAGAAAGUCCACCGCAGUCCUGGGGACCGGUGGAUGUUGAAUGGACCGAUGGACUACAUCCCCCCUAUAGAGGUUGGGGCCUUCCAGACCAGGAAGGCAAUUCCUCUGAAUGAGAAUGAGGGAAUCUAUGUCCGUGACGUUCAGACCGGCCAGGUGAGGAGUGUACUGGGGCCACAGGCUUACAUGUUGAAGGCAAACGAGGAGCUGUUUGAGAAGACACUUGUUCCACUGGUUGAGGAUAUUCUCAAGAAGGGAGGCGGGAUUGGUGACACCAACAUAAGGAAAAUGGCGUAUUUUGAGAGUUUUGUGGACGACUCUUACAAGAAACGUGACAAGACCCGUGUCAUUACAUACCGAUGCCCAAACAAUUGUGCUGUCCAGGUCUAUAACUAUGCUGAGAAGACGGCUCGCGUGGUGUUUGGACCUGACCUGGUUGUCCUGGAUCCCCACGAGACCUUCAACGUCCUGUUUCUCUCAGCUGGCAAGCCCAAGAAGCCAGGGGCCCUCAUUACCAUUUGCCUGAUGCUGGGGCCAGACUUUAUCUCAGACGAGCUUGUGGUGGAGACCUCUGACCAUGCUAGACUCAAGGUGGCUCUGGCCAUGAACAACUACUUCACCGUGAAGUGUGGAGAUGCAGAAUCUGAGGCAAAGUUGUUUUCAGUCCCCGACUUCAUAGGGUUUGCCUGCAGAGAAGUCGCCAGUAAAAUUAGAGGGGCGGUUGCUGGGAUCCCCUUCGAGAAAUUCCACAAGUAUUCGAGCGAGAUCAUUCGUGCCGGCGUGUUUGGUCGCGACGAACACGGGAAGCUGAGAGACCAACUGGUGUUCCCUGCCAACAACCUCGUGAUCACCAAUAUAGAUGUUCAGAGUAUAGAGCCAGUGGACCAGCAGAUGCGAGACAGUCUGUCAAAGUCUGUCCAGAUGGCCAUCGAGAUCUCCACCAAGUCCAUAGAGCGUGCAGCACAGCAUGAGGCCAAGAGGACUGAACAGAAGGCAAAGGGAGAGCUGGAGAGACAAAAGCUACAAAACGAGAAGGAAGCAGAGGAGGCUCGGUGCACUCUGCUAGAGCUGCAGGCGGUGGCUGCGGCUGUGGAGUCUUCGGGCCAGUCAAAGGCAGAGGCACAGGCAAGAGCUGAGAGACUGCUCAUUGAGGGACAGAGUGCUAUUGAAUGUGAGGCAACUCUCACUCCCCCACUCUCCUAAUGUGUACCACCUCGCUCAAAGCCCACAGCAAAUAGUCUCAUAAUAUGCAAUUGUUACUCUGCUGUCCUCCUGAAGGGCUUAACCUGCUGCGUGGGUGAGGAAGGCAUUGUGCUCACUUUAGUAUAGUACAGUUUGCACCUGCUCGGUGGAUUAAUCCACGUUUUGUGUGUGGGUCGUUUCGGUGAAAAGAGGGUGGUGCGGGUCAGAACAAGGAAAGCUGUAAUCUGCACACUACCAGUGUUUCUAGUGUUUACCGGUGUAGCAUGUGUGCACAUCAAGUGAGGGUCUUUUCAAUCGCCCCUGUAUUCUUACAUCGACAUUACUCUCCACAUGCCAAUAUACGUACGUAAGUAGUUUAUGAGGUGGUUCACUGCCUGCCCCUGUAAGAAUGAGUGAUAAUAAAUGCUGAGCAGCUAAGGAGCUAAGGUGAUAGUAUGAGAGUAGCCAGAUCUGCUGUUGCCAUGCCAGGCUGAAGUCAAGGGUUGCAGUUGAUGUGAG